CAAGUUAACACCAUCAAAACAUUCAAGAAACAGAACACAGAUCUCUGUUCUUCAAUGGAGAAAAAGUCAAAAUUUUAUUUCUUCUCUUCCUCAUCUCCCAAGUCUCUUCCUUCAUCUCCAUCUUCAUUCACCUCCUUCCCAUCUUCUCCUCUGCACCAAGUCUUUACUCAGACAACCAUGGAGGACGCCAUAGAGAGAGCAGAGACCAUCAUCAAGAAAUGGGACCCUAACACGCCUUCCUUCACCAAUAUCGUCUCUCUGUUCAACCACAGUAGAAAAGAAGCCAAGGAGUUCAUCAAAUGCGUCCGUGACUUGCGCAAAGCUAUGCACUUUCUUGUCUCGCAAGACUCUCAAACUCCACAGCUUUCCCUAGCACAAACCCUUAUGCAGAUCGCCAUGACAAGGCUUGAAAAAGAGUUUUUCCAGAUAUUAUCUUCCAACAGAGACAAGCUCGAUCCUGAAUCAGUUUCAGGACAAUCCUCAACGUCCACCAACUCCGAGUUUGAAGAUUUUAUGCAAUCUGAUGAUGAAGAUGACAAUGAGAUCAAGAAAGCUAAUGAAUCCAUCACUAAGGUUGAGAAAGCUUCAGCUGUGGUUAUGUCUGACCUAAAGGCUAUAGCAGAGUGUAUGAUCAGCUGCGGAUAUGGUAAAGAGUGUGUAAAGAUCUAUAAAAGGAUCAGAAAAUCUAUAGUAGAUGAAGGGCUGAGCUUGCUUGGGAUAGAAGCUUACAAAGGCUCAAGGUUUCACAGAACAGACUGGGUCACCCUCGAGCAUAUGAUCAAGAACUGGAUCAAAGCUGCAAAGAUUGGCGUCACUACUCUCUUCCGUGGAGAGAAGCUUCUAUGUGAUCACGUCUUCUCUGCUUCUCACUCAACGAGAGAGUCGUGCUUUUACGAGAUAGCAAACGAAGCUGCUACUAACCUAUUCAAGUUCCCUGAGUUUGUAGCCAAGGAGAAGAAGUCUCAUGAGAGGAUCUUCUCUUUAAUGGAUCUCCAAGCUGCCAUCUCUGAUCUCUGGCAAGACAUAGAGAUGAUCUUCCAUUAUGAUUCAGUAGCUGGUGUGAAGUCUCAAGCGCUAACAUCGUUUCAGAAGCUGAAGGUUUCAAUCCACAGUGCUCUCACUGACUUUGAAUCAACCAUUCAUAAGGAUUCAACCAAAGCUCUUACACCUGGAGGAGGGAUUCAUAAGCUGACAAGAUCAACAAUGAGUUUCAUCUCUUCCCUAUCCGAACACAACUCUGUCUUGUCUGAAAUCCUUGCAGACCAUCCAAUACCUAGAAACACCAGGCUGCUUGAGGUUUACGUCACAAUGUCAGAAGAUGAAGAACACAGUCAUGCUCUCUCAGUCCAUUUCGCUUGGCUUAUCCUUGUCUUGCUAUGCAAGCUAGACACCAAAGCAGAACAUUACAAGGACGUUUCACUAUCAUACCUCUUCAUUGCAAACAACCUUCACUUCAUCAUUGAAACGGUACGUUCAUCUGAUCACCUCAGAGACCUCCUUGGAGAAUAUUGGAUCACUAAACACGACGAUAAACUCAGCGCUUACGCUGCAAACUAUGAGAUAUCAGCAUGGUCCUAUGUAUACAUGUCAUUACCUGAGGAGCCAACAGAGCUAUCACCAGAGGAGGCUAAAAUAUACUUCAGAAGGUUCCACACGGCAUUUGAGGAAGCAUACAUGAAACAAUCGUCAAGAUUUGUGCCAGAUGCUAAACUUAGGGAUUCGCUGAAGGUUUCUAUAGCGAGGAAACUUGUUCCGGAAUACAGAGAGUUCUACAGGAAGUACUUACCAAUGCUUGGUCAAGAGAGGAACAUUGAGAUGCUGGUGAGGUUUAAGCCAGAUAACUUGGAGAAUUACAUAUCUGAUCUGUUUCAUGGAACACCAAUACUUGCCUCAUCUUCUGUUUCUUCGACUUCAUCUUCUUCUUCAGCAUCAUGGAUGUCACUUGGGCGUGUUUUAGGGUGAGAGACUCGUUUUGUUGUGUUUCAGGAUGAGAGAUACUUGUGUUUGCAUUGUGUGUUUGUAAACAAUAGAAAAUGAAGAUGAAAAACAACAAUGAGAUUUAUUUACAGUAUUUGAAACGUUUUAUAAAGAAGAGUAGUCUCUUGUAACCCAAGCUAAUUAAUCCUGUAAUGAAUACGAUUCAGGGAAUAUACAGACAAGAGAAUGAUCUGCUCCAAUCAGCAUCUUCUUGUCAUUUUAUGCAAAGGAACAUCUGUAACAACAAACACAAUAACAAGAAAGCAAAACUAAACAAAACACAAGGUUAGCUUGAACAUCAAGAUAAAUAGCCUAAUCUGACCUAGGAACAGUACUAACAGUGCUUUGUCUUGUCUGGUAUAUGAAUAAACCAAUCACUGUAGUCACGCAGGCUACACCUAUCAAUCCAUAUGUGUCUUGACUUUGGCUUGAUCUUAAUGCAAUCAACAUCAUGGCCUCUGCCAUCUUCAAACUCCAAGUUACAAAUGAUAAUAUGUCCACAUUUUUCUCAAGUCCUAUCCCUUACCCUGUGAUCUUGAUAUGUUCCUCUUCCAGCUAUGGUCUUAUAGGACGAUACACUCAAGUAUGAAUAGAGGUUUAUAGUUCAAGAAACUGCAAAAACAAUCCAUAAUGGCUCUUUCCUCCUACCUCCUUCGCGAAGAGAUCCAGGUCCAUCAUAUCAAACACACAUAGAUAAAGCAUCGGUAUCAAGCUGGAUUUAUUUAUUCAUAUCUAAUAACAAAAAUGAGUUCACGUUAAUUGAAUUCCGUUGAUAGAUUUGCAA